GACAGGCAACGCGCGGAAGAUGGCGGCGCCGGCGGAGGUCGGCGUGGCUGCGGGCCCCGCGGAGGCGACCGAGGCGGCAGAGCUGAGCCGCGCCCUGGGCCGCCUCCUGCCAGGGCUGGAAGCUGACAGCAAGCUAGGGCGACGGCGCGCGCUGGAGGCCCUGGAGCGCGCGCUGGACGCAGCGGCGGGGCCCGGCUGUGACCCCGUCACCUUUCAGGGCCCCUGGGCCGGCCUACUGCUUCCGCGUCUGCUGCGCCUCCUGGCCGACCCCGCCGAGGGUUGCCGUGCGCUGGCCGUGCACCUGUUGGACCUGGGCCUGCGCCGCGCCGCGCGGCCUCACGAUGCCCUGCCGCGCCUGCUGCCCUCGCUCGCCGCGCGCCUGGUCCGGCCCGAGCCCACGAGGCCGCCGCCGGAGCCUUGCGAGGAGCUGCGCCUGGCGCUCGUGCAGCUGCUCGGCUUGGCGGUGAGCCUGGGCGGCGCCGCGCUCGCGCCGCACCUGGACGACGCGGUGCGCGCGCUGCGCAGCGCGCUGCUGGACCCCUUUGCUGCCGUCCGCCGGGAGAGCUGCGAGUGUGCGGCCGCCCUGGCGCGUGCCACGCCAGACCACUUCCACAUGCAGUCGGAAUCUCUGAUUGGCCCCCUGAUGCAGACCAUCUCCCACCAGCACUGGAAGGUCCGGGUGGCUGUCAUUGAAGCCACAGGGACUGUGAUCCAGUUUGGCAACGGGAAGUCUGUGGACGACGUUCUUUCCCACUUUGCUCAGCGGCUCUUUGAUGAUGUCACUCAGGUCCGGCAGGCAGUGACGUCUGUGGUAGGAGGCUGGCUCCUGAAUCUGCGGGACCGCUAUUCCUUCUUCCACAAGCUCAUCCCACUGCUGCUAAGCAGCCUUAGUGACGAGAUGCCUGAAGUCCGGCAGUUGGCUGCCAGCCUUUGGGAGAAGAUCGGGCUGCAGUGGCAGAAGGAGAAUGAGGAAGACCUGAAGGACAAGCUGGACUUUGCCUCGCCACCCCCACCCCACUACCCCCCACAAGAGAUCCGCCCUGGGCUGGGCUGCCGGGAGCUAGUCUUCAGGAACCUCUCCAAGGUCCUCCCUGCCAUCUGUCAUGACAUCACCGACUGGGUGGUAGGAACCAGGGUGAAGGCCGCACAACUCCUGCCUGUGCUGCUGCUACAUGCGGAAGACCACAUCACCCAGCAUUUGGAGAUCGUCCUUCGAACCCUGCAGCGGGCCUGUGCCGACGAGGAGAAGGCUGUGGUCAGCAACUGUUUAAGGUCUGCAGAGCUGGUGGGGACAUUUGUCAGCCCGGAAGUGUUUCUGAAGCUGAUCUUGGCCAUGUUGAAGAAGGCGUCCUCCUCCUCUGUCCUCCUAGUCCUCGCUUCAGUCAUUCGAGGAUGCCCACGAGAUGCCCUCCAGCCACAUGUCAAGGUCAUCGCCUCCGAACUGGCCCAGCCGCACAUCUGCCAAGGUUCUGAAAAUGACCUUUACCUGGAGAACCUGCUGCUCUGUGUCCAGGCUCUGGUGUCCGUGUGUCAGGAGGACUGUGGUGCCAGCAGCCUGCAGCUCCUGGAGGUGCUGGUAAUGAUCAUGGCUGUGUCUGGUGCCACUGGCCUUGAGGACAAGGCCCAGGAGACCUUGGAUGCCCUGGCUGUGGUGGAGAAUGUCCCCAGUAGCCAGGACCUGUACCGCAAGCACAUGGGCACCCUCCUGGAGCAGCUGACUGCCUCUCAGGGCAACUGGACCAUCCACUCCCCUGAGCUGCUGCAGUUUCUCGUCCUCCUUACGCGGUCAGGCCCAGCCAUUGGAGAAAACCUACAGCACGUGAUCCCCACCCUCAGGACCUGCCUCCAGCCCACCGCAGACCCACACAUGCGCCUGAAGCUCUUUUCAGUCUUGUCCAUGGUGCUGCUGAAGCCAGAUGACACCGUCAACUCCCAGGGGCAGUUCCACGACCACCUCGAGACUGUGCUGAAAGAUAUCUUGGUCCCCAAUCUGCAGUGGCAAGCGGGGAGGACAGCUGCAGCCAUCCGCACGGCCACUGUGUCCUGCCUGUGGGCGCUCGUCAGCAGCAGCUUCCUGACAGCCAAGCAGGUGCAGGAGGCACAGGAGACUCUGAUGGCACAUGUGCUGGGUACGCUGGAAGAAGACUCCAUGAUGACCCGGCUGACGUCCUGCCGCAUCAUUAAUGCCUUUCUAAAGACCUCAGGGGCUGCGAUGGAUCCAGAUAAAUCCCUCAAGGUCUAUCCUGAGCUCCUGAAGUGCCUGGAUGAUGUCUCCAAUGACGUGAGGAUGGCAGCUGCCUCUGCCUUGCUCACCUGGCUGAAGUGUGUGCAGAGCUCCGAAGGGAAGGCCUACUAUCAAAGCAACAUCCAGUACCUCUACCGGGAGCUGCUAGUGUACCUGGAUGACCCCGAGAGUACCAUCCAGGACGCGGUUCUAGAGGUCCUCAAAGAGGGCAGCGUCUUGUUCCCGGAGCUCCUGGUACGGGAGACAGAGGCCGUGGUCCACAAGCACCGCUCGGCAGCCUACUGUGAGCAACUCCUACAGCAUGUGCAGGCCACAGCUAGGGUGACCCCGUGACUACACUCUGGAUGCCCUGGCCAUCCGUGGGGGGGCCUGUCAACCCUGCCUCAUCUCAGCUGGGUUCCUUGCAGACGGCACCCAUAGGCUGUGGCGGAUGCUAGCGGGGUAAAUGUCUGCGCCUUGCUGCCACCCACCCGGAUGGUAAAAUGUUUCCCAGCUCAGAAAAGCAGAGCUGGGCACACGGGCACCAUCAUAGAGGCCCAUGCCUCGCCCCGUGCCGGCAAUGGCAGAUGCCGGACCCUACUCCCUUCCACACCCAAGUGCCUGAGACACCCUCCAAGUGGAGUGUGAGUGACACCGCGAGCUGCCGUUCAUGCCAUCACCACUGGAAAGGCUGCAUUCCCAGCAGAUACUACCCUGUGUUUUUUGGUCUUUGCAGAAUUAAAAUAUUUAUUUAGUUACUUGA